AUGGAGACGCAAGUGGUGUUUGAAAAAUGUGAUGGAAGUCGGGUCACAGAGGGUAUGCUUCAAGAAGCCUCACAGCUCUUCAGUGAACACUACGGCGUUUGGAGUGAGCACGCUGCACAGAUGUUCGGCAACUUUCCAAAGGCUGGUAGUCACGUACGACUCGGUCAGGAAAGAUUUCGAGCGGAUUACCUACCCGACGACACCACAUGCUCUUACGGGAAAGUCACCGUGAACGGGCGCCUCGUCGGUAACGUGUUCGCUUGCCGCUGGGCAUACGAUGGUAAGACUAUAUGUUGGAUUACUCAGCUCGUGGUACAUGAAGACUAUCGAGAGCGAGGACUUGCAACCGGUCUCUUGAAUCGGCUCAGACACGAUGACGACGACAUUUACGGCAUCGUGAGCUCUCAUCCCGCGGCCUGCCUGGCUGCUGCCAAAGCGUUUGGAAGCUCUAUCGGCACGGUCCGUCUUGGUUAUAUCAAGGAAUAUGCGGAAGGGAUCAUGAAAGCGUCCCCAAUACGCUAUGUCAAAGAUGCUAAACUUCGCGGUAGUCUCUUUGACCCCGAGGAUGCCAGCGGGCUUGUGUCAAGUGUUGAUACUGGCUUUUGGGUCGAUCAUACGGAACCACUUGAAGUUUUGGCAUGGGCGCGAGCAUUGCCUCCUGCAUCUUCGUCUCCGGUGGCCAAAAGCCCAACAUCGUCACCCAAGGACCCCUCCGCCCACGCCGCAGCGAUCAGCCAAGCGAGCGGCGAUCACCCAGAUGAGAUACCGUGCUGGAGCGAACCGUGCCGAAGUGUGUUCGUCGUGACGAUUUCCGGACGCAGAAGCUCUGUACCGUCAAGCCGGGCCUACAGCAUCGGCUCCGUCCAUGCCGGCAUUGCGAACCGGAAGGAUUUCGUCCCGGGGCGUCUCGUUGCUGGCUGCGUGGAGAUUGGGGCGUACAAUCGCGACGACGCGGCGCAUUGGCCGUGUUUUCCGGAUGUGGAUCGUGUGGCUGGCCUUGUUGUCGGUGGCGUCUGCGAUGAUGGCGAUCGUUAUGAGAGCAGCGAUGUUCUUCGCCCUUCGGGUCGUGUCGAGAGGGUGCUGGACGGUCUGCUUUUCUCUGAUCUGUGGAUGCUGUGGAGGAGGAGUGCGGGUGCCGCUUUGAAGCGCUGGGAUUGA